CCGUUGUGGGAAAUCUCUCUCCAUUCCUCCUCUACAGCAUCUUCUCCAGCGCCCGAACAUGGAAGACAGCUUCAAAGCUCGGGUUGAUAAGGUGUUCGGGUCUCUUCUCGGCUCUCUUCCUUCAAAAUCACCAUCUCCAUGGACGCUUACCGACGCCGAGAUCGAGCGGAAGGAAUGGAUUCGAGAAAAAGGCGGCAGCAGCAGCCCCGAUAGAGAAGAUGUCCCUUGCUCUUCCGCCUUCGAUGGCUUCUUUUCGAACGAGAAGAAGAGAAAUUCCAAUUUCUUGCGAAAUUCGAAGAAACGCUUCGAGGACGAUCUUGAUGAUUUCGACAACGAUGAUGAAGAAGGAGAUGAUAGUACGGCUCAGGAUGGAAGGGAUUAUGAGAGAGAGGAUUGGGAGAUUAGGAACUCUGUUGGUUUGGAUUCGACUCUGGAUCACGAGGAUGAGGAAGAUGAAUACGACAAGGUGGCCGUGGGCAGGGAAAAUGUUGGUGAGCGUGUGUACAUGCGUGAUGUCACAGAUUAUGGGCCUUACUUGAGCUCCCAUAACAUAUUUCCUGAUUCAUUUGAGGAAAUCAAGAGCGCUGGUAAGGACCCACAUGCGGAUCACCUUGCUGCGAAAGCCAGGCUCCAAGAAGACAACAAUGAAGCAGCUGGAAGGUUUGAUUCCCUUCAGGCCUCUGACUCUGAGAUGCCAGUCAUCGUGGAAUCUCAAGUAAAAGCAGCCGAAGAUUAUAGGAAUGUGAAAUCGAUUCUGAAAAGGAAAGAUAAUCAGAUAGACUCGAGGUCAAAGAAGCGGGUCAGGUUUGACACUGGAUGCAAAGACGAGCUGGACAGUGAACAAGCCCAUGACUUCUUGAUGGUUACUCAAUCCAUGGAGGCAGCGACAGUCGCAGAAGCGAGUGGCCCACCACCUGAAGAUGCUCCUGGGGUCCCAGACUACAUACGGAAUCCUUCCAAGUACACUCGGUACUCAUUCGAUACAUCGAGUGAAGAUGAUGAUGCAUCUAACCUGCAUGCCUUCCAAGACCUCCAAAAUAUGGUGAAGGCUUCGUCCACUCAUGCAGAGUUGCUGCCAGAGCUGGACUGCACCACGACGAGUCUUCCAAAGUCGGUACUUUUCACUCCUAGAAAGAAGGCAGGUGAUGCAACGGGAAUGAGCAAUAGAUCUGAGGCUAAGCAGAUCCAUGAAGAUGAUGCUUGUAAGGAGCCUGUGAGGCAGGCAGCUUAUCUUGCGGACAUUGCAGCUGGGGAUGGCCAAGAUGACGAAGCAUGUGCGAUGGAGGAAGAUGAUGUAAAAACAUCCAAACUAGAAGUGAGCAGUGGACUUAGGAAAGUGGACCGCCAGUAUCGAUCGAAGGUGAGUUCAGAUGACUCCACCUGUUGAAUCUUGACUGACUCAAUGUUUGAGUAAAAAGGUAAGAAUUAUCUGCUUGGUAUGUGUUGUGUUCUUCUGUGCUUGAACUUUCUGUAUGCAUUUUUUUUUAAUAUAAAGAAUCUUCUUUACA